AGCCCAAGAGGCUCAUAUGACAUAAAACAGGUAUAAGUAGCUUUCUCAGGAGCCAAUAAAGGACAGCUUGUGCAACCGGAACCAUUAGACGCGGGAGUGCGUAAAAAUACCUCAGCCGGUAGACUAACUGUGUGAACUCAGGGAGAUAUGCACAAGCAACCAAGUUCGGAGACGUGAAGUCGACAGUAGAUUUUACAGCGCACCGCCCACAACCACUAACUCCGCUGGAGUCGGAGCUGCCUUCGUCGGAGUUGUUUGGCGCUCAGAGAGAUAGACUGUGCGUAAAAUCAACCAGCCAGACGCAGCAGCGCCAGUAGUGCCAUGACAUGCAGGAUUCAGCGCGCCAAGUCCGAGAAAUUUUACCAUUUUACCCACACGGAUAUCUUGCACUGCAAUGGUAUUUUUUUCUCCAAACUGAGCGGAAUCUGAGGUAGAGGAUGGUCGGUUGGUCAAUGCCUCUCUGUCAGCUCAGCUGCGCUGAGGAACAAUGCUGAGCAAAUCUCCUGUUGCCACCAGACUGACGGAAAUUCAUUGGAGCUCCACAUUUUAAUCCAGUCCAUAAGUCAUGGAGAGCCUGAGCGAGCUUCAAAACCCCCUACUUGACAAAGCCACAAGACAUGAGCUCCAGAAUGACUACCAGGGGUAUCAGUGUGACUACUCAAACCAGCCAUACCAGGACAGCCUAAUUGAUUACUACUACACUGGAACCAGCAGCAAGCACAAGCCCCCCCAGUUCCUGGAUGCAACCUCUCUCCAUCUAGCUGUGGAGGCUUUUUACAGACCCAACUUCAUCCUGUUCAAGGACAACGUCAGCCUCCACAGCAAGGACUCUAAGAAUGAGAGCUUUGAGACCACUUUCACCGAGUGUAAAGACACUGUUUCAUUUGGAGUUCCGUCAGAAAACACAGUGGACAUCAGUGUGCAGGGAGAGAAGGACCUUAAGAUCCAGACGGUGUCAUACGAGGUGGAGGAGGAGCAGUGUCCUGAGUAUGAGAGUGACAGCUCCAGUGACAGUGAAAGUGAGGACAACUUCAUCGUGCUGCCCCCUCGGGACUACUUGGGCCUGGCCAUCUUUUCCAUGCUCUGCUGCUUCUGGCCACUGGGCAUCAUUGCCUUUUACUACUCUCACAAGACAGGCAAGGCCAUCGCUAAGGGAGACUUCUCCAGAGCGGGAAUGAGCUCCAGAAGAGCCCUGUUUCUGGCCGCCCUGUCCAUUACGGUUGGAGCAGGGAUGUACGUGGGGGUGGUUGUUGCCCUCAUAGCCUACCUGUCCAAGCCUGGACAUGUAUAGCGCUUGGAUCAACUGCUGUGGGGGAAGGGAUCUGUUUCCCUGCAUAAGCCUGUGUGAGGAAGAGAGGAAACGGUGCAGAGAAACAUACCUAAACCAUAAAGAGCAGAGGAUGGAAAUACUCCAUGUGUGGAUGGAGCAUUACUUCAACCACAUAUUGAUCCACACUUACUCUUUAUUUCUGGUAUGCAGCAUUUCCAGCCAAAGGAAAAAUAAAAAAAAAUAAACAGUUGUACAAAAAAACACAACGAUUUAAAAACUGAAUUAAAAGAAAGAUUACCUAUCUCUAUCCUCUUAGGCUUUCACAACAAGUGAAUGUAAAUUUUGGUGAAUAUGUUUAUCCGUCUAUCAGUGUCUCAUCUACCUUGUAAAUAGAUUUAUUGGUAAGCCUUUAGGAAGGUAGGCUUUAUGGAUUUUUUCCCCCCCUUUGGGAAUAAAGCAAAUACUGAUCACAACACGAGAAGCAAGAAGACCACAGAGAAAAGAUAAGAGGUAGGAAGAGUUAAAUAACACAAAUCUGCAAAACAGCAGACAUGGAGGUUAUUUGUGUCUGUUGUGUGCUGUACUUGGUCAA